AAGGCCACACCUACCCUUUAUCAGUAUGCUAUAAUUUUGUUGCCAAUCUGCAGAGGUCAGAACACCAGCACCUGUGUGAAACUCCUUAGGCCAGAGCUGUAUGUUGUUACAUGUUUUCCUCCUUUAACGUGACCAUGAGGACUGCUGAGAAUGCUCUGUUUUGCCACCUCUACAUGUUACUGCUUUUUGUAGGUUUUUGCCAAGGAAAGGACCUCUUCUUCAAUGACAAAGGACUCCUACUCCCAGAAUCCUACAAGAUUGGCUGGAUGGAGGCUAUUGAUGACGACAAAUUAAUCUCUGACAUCACCAUACCUGGUACCCAUGACACCAUGGCUCUCUAUGGAGGCCCAGCGGCAGAGUGUCAGGCCUGGGAUUUGGGGGAUCAGCUGAGGGCCGGCAUACGCUAUCUGGACCUCAGGAUAUUCGCCUUUGAAAACAAACUCUAUGUCAUGCACUGGGUUGUCUACCAACACAAGUCGUUCUAUGAGGUCCUUGACACGAUCAGAGCAUUUUUGUCUGAAUUCAGAAGUGAGGCGGUUCUCGUUAGAGUAAAGCCUGAUUUGUUUGAUAAAGAGAAUGUUGAGGAGCUGGUUGGAAAAAUGAUUAUUGAUGAUACAGAUGUAUGGGUGAAGUCUGACAUGCCAACUAUGGCUGAGGCAAGAGGAAAGAUGAUAUUUGUACAGAAAUCCAGCUUUAAGCUGGGCAUUCCUCUCUUGGAAACAGACAGCAAAGGUGACUAUGAAGUUACUCAUAUUGCAGACAAGGAGAACAAAAUAGUGAAACACUUGACACAAGCUUCAGGUGAUUGUGGUGGGGAUUAUAUUGUUCUGAGCUACUCCAGUGGCACUGGCAUUGGCACAUUGUUGGGCAUGUUUCUAACUCCCAAGAAGGUGGCUGAAAAGAUUAACCCAUGGCUCGAUCAGUAUCUGAGACAGUUCUCCAGGGACCACAGCAGUGUAUGUUUCGGGGUGAUUGCCAUGGACUUUCCUGGUAUCGACCUCAUUCAAACAGUCAUUAAGAUCAAUGAUUGGUGAAGUGUUCACCCAUGGAAGUCAUGAUUAUAUUGCUUUCUGAAAUGUUAGUUGACGCAAUUAGAUUAAGUGCAGCAACAACACAUGACACAUACUAUACUUGAUUGUGCUCAUAUUGAAAAGGAGCGAGAUAGAAGACUGACAAAGUAAAGAAUUUAGUGAUUGGAACGUAGUAUUGGCAUGCGCUCUUAAACAACAAUAAUGAAGACUUGGCACUACACGUCUUUGUACUUUGCCCCUGCUUGCUGUAUUAAAAACAAAGAAAAUCAUUAAAAUGGCAAAGAACAACUGUUGAGUCCUUACUUUGUGUG